CAGCUUCAAUCUAAAACACACUACAGUUUGUAAUAUGUAAUCAUGUGUCUACCAGGCUGCAGACACACCGAUAUCUUAUAUACACCCACCACCCCUCCCACCUGACCCAAACACCCAGCUCAGUCUCACAUAACCCUGAUGACGAAAGAUCAACCCGCUGCUCCCCUACUCGACUUCCAGGCACAUGCUCUUCACAGGACGCUUUCCAGGAGAAACAUGAUGGGUCGGACACGUGACAGUGACACCUUGAAGCAUUAAUAGCAGGAUGAUUUAAGAAGAAUAACAUCUGAAUACGCGUGGGGUGAAAGUCCUGAUAUUCUUCAAGCCCUCGUGUCACAAGCUGUCUGAGCUCCACGAACACUUUGAAUACCGAGAAGGGAAAAGAUCACAUUUCAACGCUCCGGAUCAUUCACCGCCAUCGGCCACUGGUGUGUCCAUCAAUCAGUCAAGAUGGGUUUUCACUAGACUUCAGGAGAACAACGGAGAAGAAAAAAGUCCAACUUUCAACAUUGGAUCUGGGAAGGAGGGCGACGGCACCUCGUGAGUAGCCGUCAGGCAGAUGUCACUUUUUACCCGACCAGUAAGCUCUUGAAACAACACAGGAAGCAACAUGUCUGAGCCUCUAACAAGCCCGGUGACGGCGCUUUUGAAAAUAGAGCGAGACAAACAAUGCAAGGAAUGGCGUCAAAAGCAUCCACAGCUCUUCGCUUGUGAUUGGGAGCAAGGGGUGUAAAUAUGUUUCCCCACCUGUAUGUGUGGGUACAUGCCACAGAAACUCUGACUGAAGCAACUAAUACCUGUUUAUGUUCUGCGUACAGCCAAAUAUACAGUGAGCUGACAUUAAUGUGGUGAGAAAGCAAAGUCCCAGCUGAGCUACAAGUAAUACAAGCCACAAGUGUUAUGGACGGAUGGGGAGCGGUGAUGCAACAUUGUGUACGGCUUUUUUCAUCUGUUUGGACUGAAAUUAGGAGUCAAACGUGCCAAAUAAUUUGAGCCAAUUUCACUCGUCAUGACUUGAGGUCAUACAACUCGUAAAUUCAACUAUUAAACUCGUUGCGCAAUACAAAAACAAACAAAUACGAGAUUGCAGUCGUUAGCAUUAAAAGGUUCAAUUCACCCAAACCACCACAUGAAGAAGAAAUAUAUAUUUUUCUCAGUUACGACAUCUCUUCUCAUUCUUUAGUUAAAGGUAGGUAGGGAUAACUGAAAUAAUUGUUUCUGGAAAGACAAAAGUGCAAUUAUUUAAGCACCAUGAACUAAUUUCUAUUUCCCUCCAUUGUUUUGGCACAGAAGAAAUCUUUAACGCGUUUGUAUCUGACAAAUAAAACCCAAACUACUAUAUGACAAGAUAACAAAAGAGAAAGUGAGAAUAGAAGGGGAAAAAAGACCCGUACAGACCCAGAUCACACACAACUCCAGUCAUACCUCAGUCCUGCCCCACGAUCUUCAGGAGACAUCUCAAGACCGUUGGGUAAUUUCAGAACACUAUUAAAAAGGCAGCCAAACACUGGAUAGUCAAGAUGAUAGAGACUUGUCUUUGCGCUGAAAAAAACCGAAAAAUGACAGCACAAACUCUGGGUUUUUACGUGCCACGCGGUGAGAGAGCAGCUUGUGUUUAUCCUCAAUGAAGCCCCGGUUGGAGUAUUUCAAGUGGCCUCUAAAAAUAACCUGGUCACACUGCAUUCCAACUGGCAGCAAUCAGGAGGACAGGGGAUGGGGUUAAGGGGGGUAGAAACAACAACACCCUCCAAUCCACCACCGCUCUCAACACCACUACCAUUCCCAACAACAACGUCACAAAAAUACCAAGAACCCCAGUACCAACGUGACCACCACCAACCUCAACCCCAUCACCACCAAGAACCCCAGCCCUACUACCAUUACCAACCUCAACCCCAUCACCACCAACAACCUCAGCCCCAUCACCACCAAGAACCAAAGCCCUACUACCAUUACCAACCUCAACCCCAUCACCACCACCAACCUCAACCCCAUCACCACCAAGAACCCCUGCCCUACUACCAUUACCAACCUCAACCCCAUCACCACCAACAACCUCAGCUCCAUCACCACCAAGAACCCCAGCCCUACUACCAUUACCAACCUCAACCCCAUCACCACCAAGAACCCCUGCCCUACUACCAUUACCAACCUCAACCCCAUCACCACCAACAACCUCAGCUCCAUCACCACCAAGAACCCCAGCCCUACUACCAUUACCAACCUCAACCCCAUCACCACCAAGAACCCCAGCCCUACUACCAUUACCAACCCCAUCACCACCAACAACCUCAGACCUACUACCAUCCCCAACAACAACCACACCACAAAAAUACCAACAACCCCAGUACUACCGUGACCACCACCAUCAACCUCAACCCCACUACCAUCCCCAAAUUCACCACACCACACAAAUACCAACAACCCCAGUACCACCGUGACCACCACCAACCUUAACCCCAUCACCAACAACAACAUCAGCCCUACUACCAUUGCCAACAACAACCCCACCACCACCAACAACUCUGUGAAAGGUGCAUAAUAAACAUAGACAUAGAAUAAAACUAUAUCUAUAUAUAUAUAUAUAAAUAUAUAUAACAAAACCAAACUUGGUUUUCUAAAACAUAUUGUACCCAGGUUAACAUUUCCCCACAAAUUUCAGUUUCAGAUUUAAGAAAAUUAAAUGUCCAAAAAUACUUCUGGAGCAGGAGAUUUCUGACAUUAAAACAGGUGGACGUUACUACACGCAUACUUUCCUGGAAGUUCAAGUCAUGUUUCGACACUGUGACUGUGUUUACGACCUGAUCGCGUCAUUUGACUCUCACGGCGCGUUUGUUGUGUUGUUUUCUACCAGUCGGUCUCCGUCCAAUCAAAAGGUUUGCUCUGAAGCACACCCCCAACCCCCAUCUGUGUCAAGUGCUCUAAUUGGCUGGAUUGCUUCAAGUCACACCUCUGAAUCAGUUGAAGCAAAGGAGAAACAGCUGAGUCACACACACACACACACACACAGAGCUCAGGUUUCACAACUCUUAAGGCACUUUGUGUUUGUUGUGGAAACAAACAGCAGCACAGCGAGUCUUUUCUCGAAGCCACUAGAAACAAAAUAUCCAUAUAUUCAAGUCACGAGACGUUUGUCCACAUGUAAGAAUGACGUGUCUUUUUAUAUUCACACUCGAAGAUGAUGGUCAGGCUCUUUAUGUGACGCAGGUAACUUUAUCUAUUUAGGUCAGGAUCUCAUUUUCCUGAAAUGUAAAAAGGAAAAACACAAAAAAAAAAAAA